UGUUUCGGGGUCUCAGGGAAGAAGAAGAAGAAGACGAGGGGGGAUCACUUCAAACUUCGCUUCCGCAAGAACUUCCAGGCGCUGCUGGAGGAGCAGAACCUGAGCGCGGCCGAGGGCCCCAAUUACGUCUCUGCCGGCGCCGCCCCGUCCCGGCUGCCCCAGCGCCACUUCUGCGCCGUCUGCGGCUUCCCCUCGGGGUACACCUGUGUCACCUGCGGGGCCAGGUACUGCUGCACCCGCUGCCUGGGCACGCACCAGGACACCAGGUGCCUGAAGUGGACGGUGUGACCACGCCCACAACAUGGCUGCCGCGACUUCACCGCAAAAUGGCCGCCGCGUCCACGCCGUGUUUGAUCCCGGGCCUAAAAUGGCCGUCGUGGCUCCACCCCCAAGAUGGCUGCCAUGGCCACACCCCCAAGAUGGCUGCCAUGAUGCCAUUUCCAAGAUGGCUGCCAUGGCCACACCCCCAAGAUGGCUGCCAUG